UAAACCACAGCACCGAAAGUGCUUGACUCAUAAAUAUCCUAUUAAAUUACUAUAGGGACGAUGUGAUCAUAAUCCCUCAAAGUUAUAGAAUAGGACUAAAUGGCAGCCGUCUUUGGUCAGGGAGAAUUAUCAUUAUAAUUAUAAUUCCUAAUUAUAUGGUUUAACUAAAGCAGUGACGACUCGGAUACCACGGUUUCUACCUCCCGCCCCGCGGACACACCGUGAGUUUGACUGUCUCGCUGCCAGCGCAGCGGUGAAUGCCGGUUUGUUUGUCCACCAGCGAACAGUUGCGUUUCGGCUCUACGUGUACAUGCAAGGUGUGACAAAUGCCAUCAAGCGUAAACUACUCCUGGAACAAUUAAACAGCCCACCCUUGGAUUUGAAAGGAAUUCUAUAGACUUCGAGUGAUUGGCUUUGGUUUUUGGCUUGUUUCUGUUGUUCCAUCUUGUAGAGACUGAGAAAUAACUGCCAACAUGUCUAGGGAUCAUGACAAUGUGAAUAAGCUGACCGAAAGUACAUACAAGAAUGUGAUGGAGCAGUUGAAUCCAGGACUGAGGAACCUUGUCAAUCUGGGGAAGAACUAUGAGAAAUCUGUAGCCGUGAUGACUCUUGCUGGGAAGGCGUACUUUGAUGCUGUGUCAAAGAUAGGAGAGACUGCUUCCGUGUCCCCUGUCUCCAGAGAAUUAGGUGUGGUUCUGAUGGAAAUCGCUGAGGUGCACAAGAAGGUUCACCUGGAGCUGGAGGAGAAUUUCAAGCAGUUCCACAAAGAAAUCAUUUCUGAGCUGGAGAGGAAAACAGAGAUGGAUGUCAAAUAUAUGACUGCAACAUUCAAGCGGUACCAGUCAGAGCACAAAAUGAAGCAGGACUCUCUGGAGCGCUCUCAGACGGACCUGAAGAAGUUGCGGAGAAAGACCCAGGGAAAACAAGCCACCAAGUAUGAGAAGAAGGAGAACGAGUACAUAGAGACCAUCUCGUCUCGGCAGAGUGACAUGCAGAAGUUCAUCGCUGACGGCUGCAGAGAGGCCCUCUUGGAGGAGAAGAGACGAUUCUGCUUCCUGGUCGACAAACACUGCACGUUCUCUUACCAUGUCAACACCUUCCACGAGAAGGCCAAAGAGCUGCUGGCAGUGAAGCUGCCCAGCUGGCAGGAUAAAUGCAAAGAUGCCACCAAGGUCCCCGACACAGUAUUGACCAUGCUAGAGGGGCUCCGCACCCCCGUGUCUGGGACCCCAGAAGCCUCGCCUCUCGUCGAACGCUACAACAGGAACAACAGGGACUCGAUGGUUCCUCCACCAGCCCCCCAGCUGAAGGCCCAGAUCAGUCCACUGGCUAAUAUGUUCAACCAGGACGUCCCCCAAGCCUCCUUCACAUCCACAUCUACAUCAGACCACAACUCAGGCCAGAGCAGUAUGGAGAACAGUGGAAGCCUGUCUCUAUCCCGGUCAGUGUCGAUAGGUUCUAGGCUGAAGCUACGGGUCAGGACCAUCUUCCCCCACACGGCCGGCAACAACGACACACUCCUGUCCUUUGAUGAUGGUGACAUCAUCAUACUGCUCAUCAAGGAGGAGAAGGACGGAUGGCUAUACGGAGAGCUGGAGAAGACCCGGCAGCGGGGCUGGUUUCCCUCAUCUUACUGCCGACCUUACAAUGAACCACUGAUCUCAAACAGUUUGGGGACACCGGUGCGUCGUCUGAGUGUGGCCAGUCUUCCGGAACAGGAAGAGGAGGAGCCUGUUUUGCUGCCGCCGCCAGACUACAGCGACAGGACAGGGAACAGCCUGGUCAGCGCCUCCACACCCUCACCCAAAAACACGAGCUCUCUACCCAAUGAGGUUGGAAAGGUUCCCUUUCUGGGAGGUGGGAAUCCCUUUGCCACUGUCAAACUGAGACCUACAGUGACCAACGACAGAUCAGCACCCAACGUCUAAUAACCAGAGCUCAUCCAGACAGAGGAAUGAUAAAGCACCACCAACACUCUAGAAUUACAGUCCAACAAUAUGUCCACAAAGCAUGGAUUCUACUCAGCUUCAGCAAACCAGCUCCAUUGUACCCGAGCCAGCUCCGUUGUAGCUAGCUCCGUUGUAGCCAGCGCCGUUGUAGCCAGCUCCGUUGUAACUAGCUCCGUUGUAGCCAGCUCCGUUGUAGCCAGCGCCGUUGUUACUAGCUCCAUUGUAGCCAGCUCCGUUGUAGCCAGCGCCGUUGUUACUAGCUCCGUUGUAGCCAGCACCAUUGUAGCCAUCUCCGUUGUAACUAGCUCCGUUGUAGCCAGCACCAUUGUAGCCAUCUCCGUUGUAGCCAUCUCCGUUGUAACUAGCUCCGUUGUAGCCAGCACCAUUGUAGCCAGCACCGUUGUAGCCAGCUCCGCUGUUGCCAGCUCCGUUGUAACUAGCUCCGUUGUAGCCAGCACCAUUGUGGCCAGCUCCGUUGUAACUAGCUCCAUUGUAACUAGCUCCGUUGUAGCCAGCUCCGUUGUAGCCAGCUCCGUUGUAGCCAGCUCUGCUGUAGCCAGCUCCGUUGUAGCCAGGUCCGUUGUAAAACAGAGUAGUGAAGUGACAAUGAUUAUGGGCAGUGCUGAAACAUAAUAAAAUCCAGGCUACCUUCCUCACUCUUUUGCGUUCAGAUUGCUUUUUACAUAAAUAUAUAUACAGUCGCUAGUGAAAGUCUACACACCCUUUGCAGAGUCUUCAAAGUUUGUUGCCUUAAAAUGUAAUCUACAGAGGGAAUAAAUUUAUUUUUUCUACUGACCUACACAACCUACUUCACAUUUUCAGACUGAAAGAUAAAUUAUACAACACCCCAGAGUUAAUACUGGGUGGAAGCACCUUUGGCAGCCAUUACAGCUGGGAAUCAUUUGUUGUACUAUUAGGGCAACAUUUAUCCAUUGUUUUGGCAAAAUUGCUCAAGCUCAUUACAUUUAGUUGGGAAUCAUUGAUGGACACCAAUAUUCGAACCGUGUCUCUGAUUUUCAAGCAAAGUUAGUCAGGACUGAGAGUGGACUACUGAGGAACAUUCAACACCUGUUGGAAAACAUUUUGGAGUCUUCAGCAUUAACAUUUGUGUAAUUGUCCCGCAAAAACAUCUAUCCCAGGGUUAGGUUUUCAGAAGACUGAGGCAGGGUUUUCUCUAACUUCUUACCUGGACUUUGCUCCUUUCAUAUUUAUUUUUGAUCAUGACAAACUCCCCAGUCCCUGCCGUUGACAAGCAUACCUAUAACAUGAGUUAUUAUAUGAUCAUUUACUGCUCUUGAGCAAUUUUGACAGAAACGAUGGAUAUAUAUUUCCCUAAGAGUUGUCGAGAGUUGGAAUUUUAUUCCAAAUGAUUCACAGCUGUAAUGGCUGCCAACAGUGUUUCCACCAAGUAUUAACUCUGGGAUGUGAAGUCAUACUCAAUCAAGACUUCUUUUUUUUCAUUUUGAACAUUUUCUGUCAUUUAUUUCACUGAAAAUGUGGAUUAGGUUGUGUACAUCGGUAGGAAGGCAAAAUUAUUAUUAGUUUAUUUUUGUAAUAUUUGGGGUGUGUUUACCUUCUCUAUGCACUGUAUUUUGUCUGUAGACCUUCUCUAGGCACUGUAUUCUAUCUGUAGACCUUCUCUAGGCACUGUAUUCUGUCUGUAGACCUUCUCUAGACACUGUAUUCUGUCUGUAGACCUUCUCUAGGCACUGUAUUCUGUCUGUAGACCUUCUCUAGACACUGUAUUCUGUCCGUAGACCUUCUCUAGGCACUGUAUUCUGUCUGUAGACCUUCUCUAGACACUGUAUUCUGUCUGUAGACCUUCUCUAGGCACUGUAUUCUGCCUGUAGACCUUCUCUAGACACUGUAUUCUGUCUGUAGACCUUCUCUAGGCACUGUAUUCUGUCUGUAGUAGUUGUAGGAAUGAGGCACAGGGACACUAGUUGGGAAAGAAGUGCUACAUUUUUUGCCAUAUUUAUUUUUUCAUUAUGACGUAACCAUUUUUCAAUGGGGAGGCUACUAUUUAUGCGUACGUUUUAAACAAAUUAGAGAUGUGUCAUUUUUUUUUAUUCAUUUCAUCAUAAAGAAGUCUACUCAGCCCCCACUAAGUGUAUUGAGUGUAAACAAUGAGAGUUUAUGGAAGAAUGAAUAUAGCUCAUGUAAGUUAUGUUUAAAAUGAAAAUAAUUGAUUUUUGAUUAGCCAUAGACAACUAAAUGAAUGUAUGCUGAAUGGGGAAUGGAUUGACAUAUGGACUCUGCUAUGCUAUUUCUUCAUAGUUUUAAAAGUAUUUUUUUUCAUACUUGUUUAAUAAAGGUUCAUGAUGUUUAUUGUUUAAAGGUUCAUGAUGUUUAUAAAGUUGUAAGGAGACAAUUUAUCUUUGUUUUUUUCAUGGUAAGCUGAAGACUGUGUUUUACAAAUACACAAUUGUUGUAAAUCACAAUAACAUUGUUAUUGGUAGAAAUACCGUAUGAACCAUGCAGUAUAUCGAAAGAGUAUAUAGGUUUUUCUCUUCCUUCAGUGUAGAGGAAUUCAUGAUACACACUGCUGUCCAUGAUAAUUGAUGAUUCCCAAAUAAGUUUAUGGUUCUUCUUCUAUCUCUGUUCAUAUACUGAUGUGUAUUCUGUCAUUCUCUAAAGGUGACAAGGAAAAUGCUUUACCAUGGUGUUCUGUAGACUAAAGUUAUGUUAUCUCACAGUAAAACAGGAUAAACCUUAACAUGGUCCAAAUUCAUGUACUGUCUUUGCAAUUUACUGCCAUAACCUACUGAAUAUCUGUAUGAAGACUGUAUAACUGACAAUGUUGUAUGUCCCUUAAUACAUGAGAUGAAAUUGAGAAUUUGGUUGUCUUUUAAUUGAAUGAGUCGUUUUUAUUUUAUAUUGAACGAAUGAGUAGGUUACCAUUCUUUCCUGCCCCAUAGUAAAUAGCUUUAAGUUAUGUUAAUUUGAUUGCCAUAAACACUCACGUUAAUUUCUAAAUAAAGAUGUCUAUGUUUACCACUAGA